GACAACAUCCGACUACAACCAAUCAGCGGGCCGCUCGGGCUGCUGUCUCAGCUGACCGGAAGUACUGAGAACGGGCGGGAAGUUGAAAGUAUUCAGAGUAUUUCAGAUAAAAACAAUAACUUACGUGUAACGUCAUUAAAGUAAAGUCGCAUCUUACACAAGAGCAGAGAUCACAUCCAUGGUCAGGAUGGCGGACAGGAAUCUAGUGCGGGAGUUGAAACGUUGGGCCACAGAGGAGUUCAACCUGCCCCCGGACAGCCUGCCAAAUGACAGCUAUUUUAAAACGCUCUGUAUCGGGACAGGGAAGUCAAUAUGGAAAUAUGUCAUCCAACACGUUUAUCAACAGAGGAACGUGAGGAUCAUGCGUGGCAAUCUCCAGUGGUACAAAGUUCUUCAAGACAAAGAGUUGAAGAAGGCUGAGUGCCAGAGUGAGGCUGCUAAGCAGAAAGAGCUUCAGAGGAAGAUAGAGCAGCUGAGAGCUGAGAUCAGUCACCUGGACUCUCAGAUCAGUGGAACAGAGGAACAGUUGGCUACACAGGAGCAGUCCAUCAGCCGUACCUGGGCCCAUGUGGAGGACAGCCGGCGUAGAGAGCUGCUCCUGCAGGCCUUCAGGGAGCGCUGCAUCUUGGGCCGCAAGGUGCUCUGCGAUGACACGCAAAAGAUCAGUGGGCACUGCCAGGCACUGGAGCAAAUUACCAGGAAAGCAGAGAUUGAAGUGCUGUUUGAUAAUAAGCCUUCCAGCAGCAGUGAUGGCGACAACCUCAACUCUAAAGUCGCAGCAGAGGCACAGGUCCUGCGUGAAGUGAGAGAGCUGUGUGACGACAGGGUCCACUUCUAUCAGUCUUUACAAGAGAGUGAACUGAAAACAGUGCACUCUGCAGCCAAACAUAUGACACGUGAACAAAGGACUGCUGUGUUUCAGUACUGGCUGAGUGCUGUGGAGAACAUGUUGGGUGGUUAUCCUCCGAACCACGUCCUCUCAGCAUUGGAGUAUUUAGCUUCCAGAGAGCAGAAGGAACUAGAGGAGAAACUCGCCUCUCUGGAUGUGACACAGGAUGUGACAGCUCUACGGUUCCGCUACGAAAGCAAUCACCUACUGGACAUGUCAGCAGAAGAGGAUAAUGAGUUGCCAUCGGUUAAGACCCUCUUAGAGGAUGCUUGGGAAGAGGUGGAGCAGAGUUUGGUGGAACUGGCCCAGACUCGCUCCAGAGUCCAGCAGCUCCAAAACCAGCUGCAGGGCCGCAAGAAGAAAGCUGAGCAGGAGGUGUCUGGCAUCGCAGAUGAGCUACACAACGACUCCUUGGCACUGUCAGCUCUAGAGGUGGAACUUCAGUGUGUGAUGCAGGCGGCAGCCAGGGAUCAUAUCAGAGACCGGUGUAUCCAACUGGACCAGCAUGCCAGAAGCCGACAGGAGGCGCUUAGGAACCUCCACAGCCAGUGGCAGAGCAUCCUUGAAUUCAGACAACUAGUGGUUCUCAGACAGGAGCAUAUCAGAGGUCUAAUUAAGGGGAACUCCACAGCCAAGACGGAGCUGAUUCGUCUGCACACAGAGUUACAUGAAUUCGUCCGGGGCAAACUGGUGCCACAGUUUGAAGUUGUCACCACUGCAGCCGGCAGUCAGAGGAGCUCCAUUUCCAAGGAGGCCAGACAGUUGGGAACGAUUUCGCUUCUUGCUCUGGACCGUAGGACUGUUGAAGGAAUGCAAAGAAUCCCUUCAUCGUGGUUGUCCAUCCAUCGCUUGCAGUCCCCGACCUUCAGCAGCUUGUGUCAGAGUCUGGCAUUCCCACUGUAUAGGGCUCCAGAGGAGUUGUGUUCCCGGGCGCGCUCCCAGCAGCUUGAGUUGCGUUUUCUCCGUCAGUUACUGCAACUUCACUCUGCUACUUCGCAGAAAAUACAGAAGGAAACAGAGUUGCUGCAUGCAUCUGAUCAAAAAGCUCUGCUGUCCAAAGUCAUGGAGGAGGAUCAGAAGCUUCUGGAGGCUAUGGUACCGAGGGUCAGAGGCCUCACCCAACGCAGCGCCCAAGGCCUUUCUUAUGGGGUCCAAGUCAAAACUGCCAUCUCUUACUGGUGGGAUCUGCCGGCCCAGCAUGUCCUACCUGAGGUCAGUAAAGGAGGACUGACCUUUCAACAGUGGCUAGACAGGUGGAAACUUGCUGCCAAAGCCUCUUAGGACACUUCAUCGUUUUAGAAAAUAAACUGUGGGAAAAAAGUUUGUAAA